AUUAGCAAAUUCUCUUCAUACAGGAGAACUCACUCAGUUGUAGGCAAGAGUUAAGUUCCCGCCGGUGUUACCCCUGGUAUUGGUUUGCUAAUAAUACUGCUGCGCCAUAAAGCCAUUUGUGCUGUAAUUGGAAACUUAGAAAAAGGAGCACAAAGAAGCUUAAAUGAAGUACAUUUUGGUAACCGGUGGUGUGAUCUCGGGGAUUGGAAAAGGGAUUAUUGCUAGCAGUGUCGGUACCAUUUUAAAAUCAUGUGGUUUGCAUGUCACAUCCAUUAAAAUUGACCCCUAUAUUAACAUAGAUGCUGGAACCUUCUCUCCAUAUGAACAUGGUGAAGUCUUUGUUUUGGAUGAUGGUGGAGAGGUUGAUCUAGAUUUGGGGAACUAUGAGAGAUUCUUGGACAUUCGACUGACCAAAGACAAUAAUCUCACAACUGGCAAAAUAUACCAGUAUGUCAUUAAUAAGGAGAGGAAGGGAGACUACCUCGGGAAGACAGUUCAAGUUGUACCCCAUAUCACAGAUGCUAUCCAGGAGUGGGUGAUAAAGCAGGCUCUUGUACCUGUGGAUGAUGACCAGGUUGAGCCUCAGGUCUGCGUCAUUGAGCCAAGUGUUACGGGUGAGCAUAAAACCAAACCAACCCAGAACAGUGUCCGGGAGCUGCGUGGCCUAGGUCUGUCUCCAGACUUGAUUGUUUGCAGAUGUGCAAAUCCUUUGGACAAAUCUGUGAAAGAGAAAAUUUCCAUGUUUUGCCACGUAGAACCUGAGCAGGUUAUUUGUGUCCACGAUGUCUCUUCUAUAUACCGGGUACCUUUACUUUUGGAAGAUGAGGGCGUUGUUGACUUUUUCAGGCGUAGACUUGAUCUGCCUAUUGAAAGAAAACCCAGAAGAUUACUUAUGAAGUGGAAAGAAAUGGCCGACAGGUAUGAUCGUCUUUUGGAGACUUGUUCAAUUGCACUUGUUGGAAAGUACACAAAGUUCUCAGACUCGUAUGCCUCGGUUAUUAAGGCUCUGGAACAUUCUGCACUCGCCAUCAACCACAAACUUGAAAUCAAGUAUAUUGAUUCAGCAGAUUUGGAACCAAUAACUUUAGAGGAGGAUCCAGUAAAAUAUCACGAGGCCUGGCAGAAGCUAUGCAGCUCCGAUGGUGUUCUAGUUCCUGGAGGUUUUGGUAUUCGUGGAACAGAAGGAAAAAUUCAAGCGAUCUCUUGGGCUAGGAAACAGAAGAAACCACUGUUAGGUGUAUGCCUUGGUAUGCAGUUAGCAGUGGUUGAAUUUGCUCGUGGUGUUCUUGGCUGGCAAGAUGCUAACUCCACAGAAUUCGAUCCACAGACUGCCCAUCCAGUAGUAAUAGAUAUGCCAGAACAUAACCCUGGACAGAUGGGAGGAACCAUGAGACUGGGAAAGAGAAGAACAAUGUUUAGGACUACAAACUCCAUCUUAAGAAAACUUUACAAGGACUCUGAUUAUGUGGAAGAGAGACAUCGACACAGGUUUGAGGUGAAUCCAGAAUUAAGGAGCCAUUUUGAAGAGAAGGGGCUGAGGUUUGUUGGACAAGAUGUGGAAGGAGAACGUAUGGAAAUAAUUGAGCUAGAAGAGCACAAAAACGAAUCGGGCAACAUAGUAGAAAAGGCUGUUGCCAGACUUUGGGAACCUAUAACAAAGAAGAUAAGAGAUCCUUUAGAGGUAUUGGGGAUAUUUCUGAAAUUCUAUAAGUCUCUAUAA